CUGCCUCUUUACCUUGGCGUUGGGGCGCCAAACGCUUAUAUGAAGGGCACAGGGCGAGCCCAAAUCGAUAAGCUCUUAUUCCAAACUCUCGCCUUUCCGUCUCUUCCUUUCCCGAAGCUAAAGGCGGUCCUAAUGCGGCGCUUCGUAGCGAGCUCCCUGAUGGCUUCCUCGGCUCGCCUCUCGCUCAUGGGUUUUCUACGCCCCUCUUUGAUCCACAGGUUCGGUAAAGCUCCAACGGCAAGGCUCAAGAAAUUGCCACUCCCAUGGUUGCUUGUAAGGAAAUACCUUGUCAAGCCUAAUAAAGCAUUUAAUGGAGCCCUAUCAGCAAGUAAGAGGUUGAGCAAGCAAGAUCGUUUUUAUGAAGAAGUGGACCAUUCUCAUAUAAUGUGGUGGAAAGAUAAGAUGCAACUUUGCAAAAAGCCUUCUACUGUUCAGCUGAUCAAGAGGCUUGAUUAUUCAAAUUUACUAGGAUUAGAUGUCAACUUGAGAAAUGGAAGAUUGAAAGAAGGAACACUCAACAUGGAGUUAUUACAAUUUAAGUUGCGAUUUCCUCGAGAAGUAUUGCUAUGUCGAGUUGGGGAUUUUUAUGAGGCUAUUGGAUUUGAUGCUUGUGUUCUUGUUGAGUAUGCUGGUUUAAAUCCUUUUGGGGGUUUGCGAUCAGAUAGCAACCCUAGGGCUGGGUGCCCUGUUAUGAACCUGCGCCAGACUUUGGAUGACUUGACUCGUAGUGGAUUCUCUAUCUGCAUAGUUGAGGAGCUUCAAGGACCAUCUCAAGCACGUUCACGCAAAAGUCGAUUUGUGUCUGGCCAUGCACAUCCAGGGAGCCCUUAUGUUUUUGGACUCGCUGGAGUUGACCACGAUGUGGAGUUCCCUGAUCCAAUGCCUGUAAUUGGGAUCUCUCAUUCUGCAAAGGGUUAUUGCAUGAUCUCAGUCCUUGAACCAAUGAAGACAUUUUCAGCUGAAGACGGUCUUACAGAAGAAGCAGUAGUUACAAAGCUUCGUACUUGUCGAUAUCAUCAUCUAUAUCUGCACACUUCGUUAAGACAUAAUUUGUCAGGUACUUUUAGGUGGGGAGAAUUUGGCAAGGGUGGUCUUUUAUGGGGGGAGUGUAAUGGAAAACCUUGCGAAUGGUUUAGUGGCGAUCCUAUUGAGGAACUCUUAUCCCAGGUAAGGGCGAUUUAUGGCCUCGAUCAAGAAUUAACUUUCAGGAAUGUGACUAUUUCAUCAAGUAAAAGACCUCAACCUUUGUAUCUUGGAACAGCAACUCAAAUAGGUGUGCUACCAACUGAGGGAGUGCCUAGCUUGCUGAAAGUAUUACUUCCUGCAGAUUGUGUUGGGCUCCCAGCAUUGUACCUUAGGGAUCUUCUGCUUAGCCCUCCCUGUUUUCAGAUUGCAUCCUCUAUUCAGGAUGCAUGCAGGCUUAUGAGUAGUGUGGUUUCUUCUAUUCCAGAUUUCACGUGUAUACCAUCUGCUAAGCUUGUAAAAUUGCUAGAAUCAAAGGAGGCUAAUCACAUUGAGCUCUAUAGAAUAAAGAAUGUAGUUGACGAGGUUAUCCACAUGAGUAGGAACUCUGAGCUUUCAGGAAUUCUACAUACUUUGCUGGAGCCAACUUGGUUAGCAACUGGAUUAAAAAUUGAAUAUGAUGUAAUGGUGAAUGAAUGUAUCUGUGUUUCGCAAAAAAUAGGUGACAUACUCUUUCUGCAUGAUGAAAGUGGUCAAGAAAUAAAUUCAUAUGAGUUUGUUCCUGCUGAGUUCUUUGAGGACAUGGAAUUUCCAUGGAAAGGACGAGUGAAGAGAAUUCAUGCUGAAGAAUCAUAUGGCCAAGUUGAUAGGGCUGCAGAGGCCUUGUCUGUUGCUGUUAUGGAAGAUUUUUUUCCAAUUGUUACAAGAGUGAAAUCUCUCGUAACUCCUCUUGGAGGUCCAAAGGGUGAAAUAUGUUAUGCAAGAGAACAUGAAGCUGUUUGGUUCAAAGGAAAACGGUUUGUUCCAGCUGUAUGGGCCAACACCAAUGGGGAAGAACAAAUUAGACAACUCAAACCUGCUACAGAUUCAAAAGGUAGAAAGGUUGGAGAUGAGUGGUUUACAACUAGCAAGGUUGAGGAUGCAUUGAACAGGUACCAUGAAGCAUGUGAUAGUGCCAGGGUUAAAGUUUUGGAUUUACUUAGAGGAUUGUCCAGUGUUUUGCAAAGCAAACUGAAUAUUCUAGUUUUUUCAUCCAUGUUACUUGUCAUAGCAAAGGCACUUUUUAGUCAUGUCAGUGAAGGUCGGAGAAGAGAAUGGGUGUUCCCCAAGAUAUAUGAGCUCCUUGAGCCUAAGGAUCAGUCAUCAACAGAAGUAUGCAACAAACUGGAUUUAACAGGAUUAUCUCCUUAUUGGUUUGAUAUGGCACAUGGAAAUGCAACAAAGAACACUGUCAACAUGAAUUCACUUUUCCUUCUUACUGGACCAAAUGGUGGUGGCAAAUCCAGUUUGCUUCGAUCAAUUUGUGCUGCUUCCUUGCUUGGAAUUUGUGGGCUUAUGGUACCUGCUGAGUCAGCUCUAAUCCCUCAUUUUGACUCUAUUAUGCUGCACAUGAAAGCCUAUGACAGUCCUGCUGAUGGGAAAAGCACAUUCCAGAUUGAAAUGUCGGAGAUACGUUCAAUUGUUAACAGAUCUACUGGAAGGAGUCUCGUUCUUAUUGAUGAGAUAUGUAGAGGCACAGAAACUGUAAAGGGAACUUGUAUUGCUGGUAGUAUCAUUGAAACUCUUGAUUCUACUGGCUGUUUGGGUAUUGUAUCCACUCAUUUGCAUGGUAUCUUUGACUUGCCUCUGGCAAGGACCCAUACUGUAUACAAAGCAAUGGGUACAGAAGUUGUAGAUGGCUACACUAAACCAACCUGGAAGUUGAUAGACGGAAUCUGUAGAGAGAGUUUAGCCUUCGAGACUGCCAAGAGAGAAGGUAUUCCAGAAAAUGUCAUUCAGAGAGCUCAAGAGCUUUACCUUUCUGUAAUUGCACAGGACUCGAUUAACCAUAUAGCUGAAUGUUCAGAUCCCAAACCCCACUUUAACUGUUUAGCUGAAGUUCAGGCCUUGAAGGAUAAGUUACAGUGUUCUUCCAAUUCUUCUAACCAACUAUUCGUUGAGAAAGUUAAGAGUGCUGUAAUGAUCAUCUGCCAGAGCAAGUUGAUUGAAACCUACAAGAAGAAAAGUCCAUCUGAUCUUGCUGAAGUGAAAUGCCAUUCCGUUGGUGCUCGUGAGCAACCUCCUCCCUCGACUGUUGGCACAUCAAACAUCUAUGUCCUCAUAAGACCUGACAAAACUCUAUACAUUGGACAGACAGAUGAUCUGGUUGGUAGACUUCGCACACAUCGUACAAAGGAAGACAUGCAACAUGCAUUAAUGAUAUAUAUGAUAGUCCCAGGAAAGAGUGUUGCAAGCCAAUUGGAGACAUUCCUUAUUAACCAACUUCCUCUCAGUGGCUUUAGACUUGUAAACCAUAGUGAUGGGAGACACCGAAAUUUUGGAAUUGCAGGCUUCACCAUGGAUGGGCUUGGUAGUGUCAAUGAAACAACACGGCAUAGCCAACAACAACCUUGAUCCUAUUCAUCUGUUGUCCACUGCUCCUUUUUGCAUCUCCCAAAGAGCAAUGUUGGUUUACUGAUGGAAUCAUGAUUCUUGCAUCUGCUAUGGAGAAGGCUUGUAGCUCAAUUUUGUAGAUCCAAGUGGUAGCACCCAAUUUUGUAUAUUCGAAUUAUUGUAGGUAGUAUAUGGAUAUAUCCAUUGCGUAGUCAAAUCAUGGGUGACUUUGUUUUAUGCAUUGAUUAUCCAUAACAUGUAUGAAUUAUCAAACGAACGAUAUCUAAUCAGUAGUAGAAGAAAAAAGAGUUCAUGAUGUUUGCAGUCAAUAUUC